GGUAGCAACGCGUAGUGUCCCAUUGGAUCUCCAGCGAUUUGAUAUUAUAUUAAAGGAAUUUGGAAAAAUGUUUUUGCCAAUCAUUACAAUUUUUUUACUGGCUAAAACCACCUUAGCUAGUGACAUAGAAAACAAUGGCGGUUGGCAAGCAGUAUCUGGACCUAGCGCAUAUGGAUCAAGUCACGACUUAGGCGCGUCAGGCGGUAACAUCCAAAGUUCGUACGGUCAGCAAAGUGGAGGUUUAUACAGUUCAUACGACUCGUACGGCUCAUCAAGUGGAUAUGGACAUUCCGGAUAUGAUGGUGGAUUGGGCGGUGGUCACGUUCAGCAUCAUUACGCACAGGCAAUACCAAUCAGUCAGCAUAUCGAAGUCACGAAACCAGUGGUUGUCCCAGUUUACAAAGAUAUCGGUGUUCCGGUAGCGCAACCAGUAGCAAUAGCUGUACCUCAUCCAGUCGCUGUUGGCGUAGCACAACCUUAUCCAGUUCAUAUACCGGUCGCCCACCCGGUAGCGAUUCCGGUGGUUAAGACAGUUGCUGUACCGGUUGAGAAGAAGGUGCCGUAUCCAGUGGAGAAAAUCAUUCCUGUACCUGUUGAAAAGCACAUACCGAUCACAAUCGAGAAGCACAUACCUGUACCUGUUGAAAAACCAUAUCCUAUUCACAUUCCAGUUUACAAGCACGUUUUUCAUCGUGCUAAAAGUUACGGGUGGUCCCAUUAGUACGAAGGUUAUUUUUUGUCAAACCUCUGUGUCCUCUCAUACUUCUGAAUAUCAGUCGUUUUCAUGUGCACUUAUCAAAUUCUUGAUGAAACGUGUGCAUUGAUAUCAUGCGAGCUUGUCGAAAGUUCCACUUACAUUUUGAGAGGAUAUAUUAGGGUACUGCCAUAAACCGUUAAUGGUGUCGUGGAAGAUUGCAGCUUUUACGUGUAUUAAGUUAUGAAGCGCAAGCGUCGUGCUUGCGCGGUUACUUGUUGUGUAUAUAUACAUUGUUGUAUUGUAUUUCUGUACGAAAUAAAUGUUCACUUUUAAGAAAAA